AUGUUGGGCGAACAUCGGGGAGUCAGGCUAGAAGCGUCCGGGGCUUGGCAAUCGUCGAGGAGUCGGGCUGGAAGCGUCUUGUCUAUCAUCGGGGCUCGAGGGGUUGCGCGUCUUCCUAUAGAGAAUGUCGGGGGGGGAGUCGGGGAUGGUGUAGUUGGGGGAGUUAGGGCUUGGGCGUGGGCGUCUGGGGGAGGGCUGGGGAAGAGUCACGGUCGUGGGGGGAAGAAAAAGGGAAAUAAAAGUUCAUAUAUGUCGAUGAUGAUAUUUGCAGAUAAUCUCGGAUCAUAUGGUCUUAUUAUUGUUUUUUUUCAUGGAUAUGAUGUUGGGUUGUGGUUAGAAGAGAUAAAUUUGGGAAGUUAUCGUCAAAUAUUCAAAGAAAUUGGUGUAAAUAAAGAAUACUUAGAAAACAUGUCAAUGUUCACGAUAGAACAUAUACUUAGGUUUAUAAGACGAUGUCACAUGAAAUGGGGUGAUUUUAUAACCCUUUGCAAGGAACUGAGGCGAAUUAAAGUGGCUUGUUUGAAAGGAGAACAAAGGGUACGAAGGCCAUGGUGGACACCUCCUUGUUUGGCGGUUGUUUUCGUCAAGGCUGCGAAGAGUAAUCGGCAAGCCAGAGUUGUGUCGCUGAAGCUUGAACCUUAA